CAGUUUUCCAUAAAUUCCAUACAUUUAUUGGCAUUUAAGUGUCAACCACAAACCUCCAGGUAGGCCUCACUGUAACUGUGAUAAUUAAGCACCUUUGGAUCACGUGAUUACCCACUUUCCUCAUGAAAUCUCUCAUAUAAAAACAAGGUUUAGUCGUCUGAAACAAACACUAAAGAAUGGAGUUGUUGUGGAUGCGCAACAUGGUUUUGGUCUCUCUGAUAUUGGUGGAAAUCUCAUGGACUCGACCCAUUGAUGAGGAUCUGCAUCUGACUGCGGAUGAUAUCGAGCUUGCAAAGAGCUAUCUAAGGAGGUUCUACAGUCCAAGCCUCGGAGGCAAAGACCUCAGGAGUCCAACGCGUAGAAUCAGGUCCUCAUCAUCAAGGGAGCAAAAGAUCAGACAAAUGCAGAACUUUUUUGGCCUGAGGGAAACAGGAAUCCUAGACUCUGAAACCCUGGAUGUGAUGAAGAAGCCACGGUGUGGUGUUCCUGAUCUGGACAACUACAGUUUUUAUCCUUAUAGGCCUAAAUGGAAAAACUAUACCAUCUCUUACACGAUUACGAAGUAUACUUCGGACAUGGGUAAACUGGAGGUGGAAAAGGCUUUUCGUUUAGCCCUAAAGAUGUGGAGUGAUGCAGCUCCUCUGAGCUUCAUUAAAGUCGACCAUGGAAAAGCUGAUAUUGUCCUCUCCUUUGCACGCAGGGCUCAUGGGGACUUUUCUCCUUUUGAUGGGCCUGGAGGUGUGCUGGCUCAUGCCUUUCAACCUGGAGAGGGGGUGGGUGGAGAUGUACACUUUGAUGAAGAUGAAACCUGGACAACAGGGAUGCAAGGUUACAACCUUUUUGCUGUUGCAGCUCAUGAAUUUGGUCACUCUCUGGGUUUGACUCACUCCAGAGACCCCUCGGCUGUCAUGUUCCCCAAUUACAGGCUUCACAGCAACAAACAGUACGCACUUUCCAGGGAUGAUGUCCUGGGAAUCCAAAUGCUGUAUGUUUUUUCAGGUCGUAAGUACUGGGUAGUGCAACAAUUAAAGACAAGAAGUACAACUGGCAACAUCUCAGAGUUUGGUUUGCCACCCAGUGUUCGACAGGUUGAUGCUGCAGUUCAUAAUGCGGAAUAUGGGAAAACCAUAUUCUUCAUAGGACCCUUAUAUUACAGCUAUGAUGAGAACAAGAGUCAUAUGGACCCUGGUUUCCCCAGGCUCACCCAAACAGACUGGCCUGGAAUCCCAAGAAGGGUUGAUGCUGCAUUUAAGUUACAUGGCAGCAUCUUCCUCCUCAGCGGGACGAAAUCCUACCAGUAUGACUUCAGACAGAAGCGGGUGGUGAACAUAAUUACAGGAAAUUCUUGGCUGGGAUGCUGACUUACUGAAAACCCACACUUUAUGUAGCUAAAAAAAAUAAACCUAACAAAACUUGUAUUUCUUAAACAGGGAUUAUACUGUUGCAUGGCUGAUCCGCAAUCUACUGUAACCUCUGUACAACGAAAAUACUGCUUUAAUCAUUCAUUGUGCAAACCCUAAACCCAUGCUCUGUGAUUUGUUGUUUUUACGGGUUUUUUUAAGGGGCUAUAUACUUCUGCAAUUUAUCAUGAAAGUUCCCAUUGAAAUGAACCUAAAUGUAAUAAUUAAAUACUUGAAAUGUGUGUAAAACCUGACAUUUAUUAACCAUGAAC